ACUCUGUCCACUGCCUUGAUUGAACGUCUUCUUGUUGAUCGUCCAGCGGGACAACACUGUUGUGUGUGUGUUUGUGUGUUUCUGUGAGUGUGUAAUCCUCAAAACAGGAAAGAGCACAUUUAUCAUCAAACUUUAAGGAACACGGGUCUUCACUGAUCAACAUAUAUAAAAGGUCAUGGUGGAUCUUUUUUUUGACAAAGUUCUGGUGAAAAACAAUAAAGACCGCGAUGAGCUGGACACGGAGCGUGAGAUCAUCCUGCGCUUGCAGAACCGGAUCCUCAUGCUGUUCUUCGGCUCCGGUGAUUGUGAGAGGUGUCAGGAAUUCGCCCCAACACUCAAAGACUUCUUCAAGAAGCUGACAGAUGAGUUCUACGUAGAGCGCUCGGCUCAGCUGGUCCUGCUCUACAUCUCACUCGACUCCUCGGAGGAGCAGCAGGACAAGUUCCUGAAGGAACUUCCCAAGCGCUGCCUCUUCCUGCCCUUUGAAGACCCUUACAGGAAAGAGCUGGAGGUGAUGUUCGAGGUGGAGGACAUUCCCACAGUGGUGGUUCUGCGUCCUGAUUGCUCGGUUCUCUCUCCCAAUGCCGUGAUGGAGAUCUGCUCUCUGGGAACAGACUGCUUCCAGAACUGGCAGGAAGCAGCUCAAAUCAUCGACCGCAACUUCCUGAUGAACGAGGAGUACGACGAGAGCAAGAGACGAAGCUUCACCGACGCCAUCCGCCGCCAGAAAUACAAAGUGGAGGACAAGAAGAAAAAGAAGAAGAAGGAGCAGGAUGGAGAGGAGGAUGAUGAUGGAGGAGGAGGAGGAGGAGGACCUUGGGGUUGAGAUUGAUGGAAUAUAAAACACAAAAAUCUCUAUUUUCUCUUCAAAAACCUGGGACUAGCGACUUCAACGUGGCAGCUGAACGGCUGAUGAACAGAGAAGCUUCUGUGCUACA